GAGAACAAUUAAUAGAUAGUAGGGCUAGAUGCUGCAGUGAUUUUUCUGCUUGUUCGAAUAGCAGCAAAAUAAUGUUUGUAUAUUUUCAUGAGUUUAUUGGAGGAAUACUCUGUUGUAAUAACAAGAUGACAACAGUAUAAUGCACUAGAAGAACGGAUUAAUCGUGUUAAAGCUGGAUGUAUAAUAAGUAAUGAAAUAGGAUUUUAUUAUACAAUGUUGUAUUCUACACCAGUGAAGGCUUAGAAUAGUUCUCUUUAUUGCAUUACUAAGGCAUUAUAGUAUAUGACAAUAUGAUUUGGAUUUUACAGGAGAAAAAAGUGAUGAAGCAUAGAAGAAAAACCUUUAUCUGAAAUUGAAAGGGUUGGCAAAAAGGAAUAUAAAUAUAUGAAUAAAGACAGAAUGUCAAGAUGAUCAUCCAAUUUACCUUUCACCAAGAACAAGACUUGUAUUGAAACAAAAGUGGAUCCAGUCGCAUACAGAGAUCUCAAGGAAACCGGCAUAGAACAUGCGCUUGGCCUGAUUUGGCGGCUAUUUCAAAUGGUUGUUAUGGAAACAGGUUAUGGAUAUCCUACAACUGGUCCCCCUAAUGGCAUUGCCAGUGGGGAACCAGACUUACUUGAAAGUGGGCACCAGAAAUACAACACAGAACCAGAAAGGAGGUCACAGGAGUCGUUUGCAGAAUUUGUUGCUAAAAGUAAUCCACCUGUUAGUAAAAGUAGUUUAGUAUCAAGGAGAGCAGACAGACAUUAUUCAAAGCGUAUGAGAAGGCGUUUAGUUUAUAAAAAUGGUGAAGUAAACAUUACACAAGCAAAUAUUCGGAAAAGAAGGAGACGUUAUCUUGCAGACAUUUUUACCACAUUAGUUGAUAUUCAAUGGAGAUACAAUUUGUUAGUUUUUACUUUAGCAUUUACAUUCAGUUGGCUUAUUUUUGCACUUAUAUGGUGGCUCAUAUGUUUUUCUCAUGGUGAUUUAGACGAGGAAAAUCUAGCCGAUAAAGAUUGGAAACCUUGUGUUGUUGAAAUUAAGUCUUUUGUUUCUGCUAUUUUAUUUUCCAUAGAAACGCAACAUACAAUAGGUUACGGUUCUAGACAUACCACAGAGGAAUGCACUGAAGCAAUUAUUUUAAUGAUGUUACAGUCAUGUUUUGGUGUGAUAUGUCAGGCCAUGAUGACAGGGAUUGUUUUUGCAAAACUUUCAAGGCCAAAAAAGCGUGCAGAAACACUAAUGUUUAGCAAGAAUGCUUGUAUAUGCAAACAAGAUGGUGAAAUGUGUUUAUUGUUCCGUGUUGGUGACAUGAGAAAAUCGCAUAUCGUAGAAGCUCAUAUACGAGGCGUAGUGAUUAAGAAAAAAAUAACGAAAGAAGGGGAAGUGUUACCAUUGUAUCAGUUUGAUGUAGACUUGGGAUUUAAUGAAGGUCAAGAUAGGUUAUUUUUAGUCUGGCCUGUGAUAAUAGUUCAUAAAAUAACGGAAAGCUCUCCAUUUUGGGAAAUGUCCCCAGAAGAUUUGCACAAAGAGCAGUUUGAAUUUAUUGUCAUUCUUGAGGGUAUUGUCGAGUCAACGGGUAUGACAACUCAGGCAAGAAGCUCAUACCUUCCGGGUGAAAUACUCUGGGGUCACAGGUUUGAGCGCCUUGUGACAUUCCAAAAAGAAAACGGACAAUACCAGAUAGACUAUUCCCGAUUUAAUAAUACCAUUCCAGUAGAUACCCCACAAUGCAGUGCCCGGGAAUUAUCGGAAAUGUGCGGAAAUAUUACGGACGUUGACCGUGACUCAAACAAUGAAGAAGACUCUACACAUAAUUCAGCAAAACCUUUUACAAACUCGUACAUGUACAAACGUAAUAAUAUUGCGCAGACUGAGUUUGAGUAUGACAAUGACUUUGAUUCCCUGGAUAGUAAUUACUUGCCAAACAAUGAAGAUUCAGAAACCCUGCUAUGACAAUUAUCCAAUGAGAGUAUCCAACGAAGGAAAGAGACAUAACUCAUACAGUACUAUUUUUUCAACAUGAAGUUGUGUUACUCCCCUUGGAACUCUCAUUAAAGAAGGCAAUAAUUCAAGGAUCUACAUAUCAAAGAAGUAAAAUAAAAUUGUUCCUUGUUUUGCAAACAUUGUUCAUUGCAUUAAACCAUUUAUUCAGUGUGAAACUAUGAAAACUUAAGAUGGAAAUACUUAAGGAUAAAACAGUUGUCAACUAGUGCAUUAGGAAGUUUAUCUAGGUUCAUCAUUUCAGCUACUUGUGUAGUAUUUGAUACAGUGAUUAUACUCUGUGCUUACAUCCUUGUUUUUGCUGUGUUUUUAGUAUGAGAAAAUAUUUGUAUGUCUAUACUUGUUAUUUACAUGUAUUUUGUUUACAGCAAAGUUGUCAUGACUCAGAAAUUUUUAUUGAUUUAGGGUUUUAUAUAAUAAGAUAUGUUAUAUUUUGAUAUUUAUACUUGCUACAGCUUCUUCAGAUAUUGUUAGGCCAAAAUGAAAUGAUAUUCAGGUUCGGGUAACAACCUAUAAAUAAAUAAAGUAUAUUGGAAGGGAAUUUUUUAUGCCCACACUUUAAAAGCGGAAAACAUAAUAUGAUUUGGUGGUCUUUACAUCUGUCCGUCUGUCUUUCAGUAUUUGCACAUGUCCCAUUUUCUUUGUUUGUUUAGCAACUUAAGAAGGUAUAAGCUGUGAUUUAUCAAAUUUGGUAGGGACGUUGCUCAUGGCUAGAAGAUGACCCUAAUUGAUUUUGAGGUAAUUAGGUCAAAGGUCAAAAUCACAAGGACACUUCAUGUAAAAUCCAUGUCUGAGCAGUAACUUGAGAAGGAAUAAGCCAAAGUUUGUCAAACUUAAUAAGGACAUUGCUGAGAUGGCCAGUAAAUGACUGAUUUGCAUGCAUAAAACAUAAACUGAUUUUGAGGUCAUCAGGUCAAGGUUACAGUGACACUUAAUGUGAAAUCUUUGUCUACUCAAUGACUUAUGUAUGUGAAACUUAGAAAUUAUUAUGUUAUCAUUAUAUAUAUAUAUAUUUUUACAUGUUGAUAUAACACUUUACCUCCUUUUAAAUAUGGAUAAAUACGUAAAAUAAGCUAUUGUGACUGGCAAAUGCAAUGGGGGUAUAAGUGUACUAGGGACAGAUUUCUUGUUUUUAUCAUUGUUAAUUAUUAUUUGAAUUCAAUGCUUAACCAGAAAGAAGUUUGUUUGAUUUUUUACUUUAAAUAAUGUUUGGGGGCUAUGUUGGUAACACAGAGGUUUGUUUCUAGAAUCUCAUUUUCAUUUUGUUUUAGCCUUGUAUUUGUCAGUGUCAAAAUUACAAAUUUAUUGCUUAUAUGGUUUGGAUAACUUAACUCCUUUUUGAUUUUUUUUAUGAAUUAAUAUCACAUGUUAACAUAUAAGGGUGCUAUUUCAAUAGGUAUGAAAUUAAGUUAACAUGGCUAUUGGUAUAUAUAUAUUGGUAUUGGUAUUAAAAAAAGAUUAUUUUCUAUGAAUGAAUGAAUGGGAAUAUAUUUUUGUGGUUUAAUUGAGAUGUGAAAUGCUGUUUUGAAUCACUGAUUUUCUUGUUAUAAUACAAGCUUGUAAUACAACAAGCAAAUGGGAUGACUAGGGCCUGACUU